AUGCCGCAAUUCGAGAACGACGAGGGCACAGUGUUCCCACCAAUCGUUUUCGGAAGGAUGUCUUCCCCGCGGAUGCGAGAGAAUACAAAGGCCUACCAAACUCCCACGAUCUUGAAGGAAUGGAAAGACUCGCUCCCUGCGCCUGUGGCUGUAUGGUUCUUCCAUGAGUGCGACGUAAUCGCCAUGGAACAUGCUCACUGGCUCGAUUUCGACCAAGAAGUUGGAACGCAGGUCCUUUCGGAAGAACUCAUCGGAACGUGCUAUGCGUACCGCAAGCUGCUUGGUCAGGAUGCCCACCACGGUACUUGGCAUCAAGGAGAGCGGGCGUACGAGACGAUCCGCAAGGGACAAUACGACCAAGCUGCUCGAGUGAUUCAAUCCUUGGUCAAGAGAGGCCCACCCAAGGAUUUUGAGAAGUAUGGAAAUCGAUUUGUCGGCAAAAAGACCAAGGAUCUCGAGCCGAUCUGCUUUUCCGGUGAGGGCCGAAAGCUGCUUUUCGGAUGA